GGAAAAGGAAAGUGGUAGGAAAGGUAAAUGGGGGUGGGGGUGUGUAACAGGGCAUUUGUUACGCACACGGACUUAGGCAGCCAUUCAAUGCCCCACCGAACGCUCAUUUCCUCCUCUUCUUCUUCCUCCUUCUCCUCUUCUGCUGUUGCGUCACUCUUCUUCAGCCCUUCGCCACCGCGCCCUUCGCGUCUUGCGCCUGUACCAACCUCGGCUUGCUCCCACUGCGCUCAGGUGGAGAAAGAAACCGGCAUGGAAGCGCUGAGGGCCACUUCGAGGCCGGAGCUUCUGUACACGGGGCAGCAGAAGCAGAACCAGGGGGUUUUGAGCGAGGAGGCGGGUUGGUUUCUUGAAAGAGGGAACCUGGUAGGUGAGGGGUUCUCUGUCGACGACCUCCUUAACCUGGGUGAGUUCGCGGAGAACGAGAUGGAAACGGAGGAGGACGAAGCUGGGAGAGAAUUUGGAACCGACGCGGAAGCAACGCGUAAUGAGACAGAGCGCUCUUCUUCUCCUUCCUCCUCCUCUUCGGGUCUAACCUUCGAGCUUCCACCACCGCUUCCUCUUUCGGAUAUCUGUCUGCCGGCGCAUGAUGCUGAAGAACUGGAGUGGGUUUCCCUCAUCAUCGACGACUCCAUCCCGGAGUUCCCACCGCCGUGUUCCGGCGUUGCAUCCCUUUCACCACCGCCGAGCGACGCCCAAAGUGAGAAUCGCCAAGCCCGCGGCGCCGUGCCGCAAGGUCAAGGCCCCUCUUCGGGUCCUACCGUUUGCGCCCUCUCCACCGAAGCGGCGGUUCCGGUCAAGGCCAAGCGGAGCAAGCGCUUCCGCAGUGCCGCUGCCGCCUGGUCCAUGUCCGGCCCGCUCCCCUUCUCGGACUCCUCCUCGUCCUCCACCACUACCUCCGCCUCCUCAUGCUCCUCCACGUCUUCCUCCUCCACUUUCCUCAUAUACGACCCCUCCGUCAUCGCCGUCGACCAAAGCUUCCUCCUUUGCGACCAACCGACGCCGCCCAAGAAGCAGAACCCGAAGAAACGCGGCCGCAAGCCCAAAGCGCCGCCACCAUCUUCCUCCACUGCCUCCGGCGAACGGCGGUGCAGCCACUGCGGUGUCCAGAAGACGCCGCAGUGGCGGGCCGGGCCGCUCGGCGCCAAGACCCUCUGCAACGCCUGCGGCGUCCGCUUCAAGUCCGGCCGUCUCCUCCCAGAGUACCGCCCGGCCUGCAGCCCCACCUUCGUCAGCCAUAUGCACUCCAACAGCCACCGCAAGGUGCUGGAGAUGCGCCGGAAGAAGGAGGCGGAGCUCGUCGCGCCCCCCGUCGCCUCCUUCUGAGCCCGGUGGCGCCCGUCCGGCCCAGCAUCCGGUUCGAGUGUACAUGUCGGACUCCCUUUUAGUCGCAGUCUCUCUGUAACAGAUUGGAUUUUGUUCUUCUCUUUUAGGUAGCGGUUUAGCUUCUCUUGGGCCCUAUGCUUCCUUUAGCUUUUGCUAGCUUCAGCUUUAUUACUGGUUCUCGCUUCACUUGUUAGGUUAUAGGGAGAGGCACCUUUCCAUUAUUCACCUCUGUGCUUUCACCGAGACAAAGUGAAUGGGGGGAGUAGAGACAGAACAGAAUUUUAGUAGGUUAUCAUGAACAUGAAGAUGAUUGACCAGACUGCUCUUUUCUGCCCAAAGAGGAAAGUGUUGUGUGCCACCAUAUUGAUCAUAGAGAGGUAGAUGGAUCGGCAUCAACCUUAGUGUGCUGGUUUUAGUUUCUGAGUAUCUGAUAUUUCUCGUUUCUUGCUCCUCUUCUGUCCCCGUUUCUUCUUUUGUUUGGGUUCUCAGGACUGUUUCUUUGUUGUUCUUGUGCACAUUAAAUGUUCUACGUGGGUUGAUCUCUUUUCUCAGCUGAAGUCUGGAUGUUUUCGUUUGGCAUCACCCACCUCCAUCCAAUCCCAACCUAACGCAACGCCGUGGGGGCAACGUCGACGUCAAACGAUGUAUUCAAAGAUCAAACCAGACGGUCUUCUUCUUUUACCCGUUCUUCCUCCGAGGGGUAAACUAACGAACUGCUCAACGCGCACGCAUAGCUGUGAUCACCGAAAAGAGUGGAUGACGCUCUGCUUGCAGUCGGCGCAGGACCGAGCGAGUCAUGUGCCAUGGCGUGCAAGGCAAGCGACGAGUGGGGUCUCGCCAUCCUCCACCUGAAAAGCUUCAUUUGGACAUGGAAGCUUCCUGCACACCAUGUGAUGAUGAUGCAUCUCAAACAACACAGACUGAUUCAAGGAUUUUUCCAUCUCUUUGUCUACUAGUCGACAUUAUAUCGCUGAAGUCAUUUGCAUUCCCUACUCGAUGCAAUCAUCAAGUGACAGUGGACUUUUUAGGGAGGCGUGUUUGAGCGUACACAGAGGCGACGAGGAGAGAAACCAAAGAAGGCUUGUUUUAGGGGUGUGAUUAUGUUGUCGGAGCUGCUUCGCCGAGAAGCCUCGAGAGAGGAUGGUGGUGGUGGGAUCUCGCAUCAGUGGCACCGCGUACAACGAGUAGGGCUGUGAUGAUGGAGCUGCUCUGGUCAUGGACUUGGCGUGGAAUCCAUUUCCGUUUGCUUGGUGUUUGGGAUGGUUGGAUGACAGUGAUUGCGUGAAGUGAGUUGCGUUAGAUCGCAACAUUCCACAUGCCAUGUUGGUUGGGUUGGAUGGAGAUGGAAAGCCCACUCCAUCUCACUCUCAUCCACCUCCAAACAAUUAAGAUGUGAUUCAACUUACUAACAACGGUUAUAUCUUUUUACAA